UCAAGUAAGUAGGGCAUUCGAUAUAUCAAUCAGCUGUUCCUUAUACGGAGAGGGAACAGUUCAAAAGACAUCUUUACGCUCCAUUUCCGAAGACAAUUCACCUGUUGCCAUGGUAACAAGACGCAACUGGUCAUCCUAAUACAGUGGUUAUCAUCUUAUGUAAAUAUUCUUGCCUGAACUGUGAAACAGUACUUCUGAUACUUUGCAAAUCAGUUAACACAACUACAAUGGAUCUUACGGAAACAAUGAAGAAUAUCGUUGCAAAAGGAAUUCAAACAGAAAUGGGUCCACCAUUCCCUGGAACUGGUUAUGUUACAGAGAAGCUAUAUAUGUUGCUACAAUUAUAUCUACAAAAUAAAGGAUGGAAUCCUUCAGUUGAGCUUUUACAGUGCUUUACUGAGUUGAAAGAAACUUCCAUGCUCCCUAGUGCUGCAUAUCUACAAAUGAUGGCCUCGAGGGUUGCACUAGAUGGCCAAGGAAGACUUAUUUUAAGGGAAAAUGGAAAGAUAAUCCUUCCAUAUGAGCAUUUUGCUAAUGCUGUCAUGUUAAAGCAUAUGAAUGGACCACAUGGCCUUCAUCUGGGACUGGAGGGCACCAUCCGGGCAGUAAUGGAAUCUUACACAAUUGGCCGGGAAUGUUUUGGGAUGGAGAAAGAGUUCAUCAUAGAAGUGGUUCAGAACUGUCCUAAUCCUGCUUGUCGCUACUACAAGAAUCAGCUUGAACUGUCACAGAAGUCACUUCAUCUCAGUGCUCCGACCUACAUCUCUGAGUCUGGAGGAAGAAAAGGCUUGAAGAUGGGGACACAAAUGUAUUCGAAUGCAGGCUCAACUCAGUUGGGAGUGGCUCCAGAUACCAGUGGGAUGCUUCGAGGUGGGGCAUACUCCAGUGGAGGCCCCACAAGCGAGUUUAAUGUGCCACUGCCUCAUGCCCAGCAAGGAUUAUCUUUGCACCAUCAUGGUGCAGGUAGUGCUGGUACAGCACCGGUGGACCUGACUGGCCUAGCCCCAGACAAACCACCCACUUCAGUGUCCACGCCAAAUCGCGCACAGCAGAUGUCCGAUAAAUCUGGUCGGGCAGUCGGUGAGCCUGCACACAAACAGCAAAAGCAGCAGCAGCAGCAGCAGCACUAUGAUCAGUCUGCCCCAGCACCACCAACUGAUCACAAGCUUACAGAUUUUCUUCGCUCUAACCUUGAGAACCUGGAGGGCCUAUCAAGUGCAAACAAGGACCUUCUAGCUCUGCAUAAUGGUGCCUGGGCUAACAGUGACAGUGAUAAGAGGAUUCCUCCAGCUUCAGAAGUUGGCCAAGAAAAAAUUGUGCGAGCAUUUGCUGAGAUUAUGAAAAAUAUGUCUCGCAUGAAGACAUGUGUGCGCCCAGCUAUGUGCAAACCAUAUGGAAAGCAGUCAGAAGCACUUCAGAAAACUCUUGUGGACACUAUCCAGCUGGUUCAGUCUCUCCGUUCCUUCCUGCCGCCGCCACAUAUUGCAGUCAGCAGCUGGAAAAAUGAAGACAAACACAGACUGUCCAUUCUAGAAAGAGUGGGAUGGAGGAACUCUGUGGUGAUGCUGGACGGAAGAUCGACUGAUCCGAGCCACAGCACGACGCUAGUGACAACGAAGGAGGCAGAAUUGGCGUCGAUGGAGACAAUAUUCUAGUCAGACCAAAGACUCUAGACAUGUGACGGAAAUAUCUGUGAUAAAAAUUUUGAGAAAAGAAGAAGAAACUUUUAUCGCACAUAUGACAUAUAUAGAUUGUCUUUCUUUAAAUUUAUUGAAAUGGAAAUCUAAACGACAGACUUUACUUUUAUUCUCUUUGUAUAUCUUGUAGGCAGCGUAACUAAUUCUUCAGUACUUAAGGAAACAUAAUUUUAUUUGCUUUUAAAUGUAUGAUAACUACUCCAUUCCAUGUUUUCCAGUUGUAUUACAGUGACUACCCUUUACUAGGUUUAGUGACCUGCUUCUCUAAAUGUCUCAGUCCGCACAUACAGGGGCAUGACUCCCUUGACCAGGGUAAUGUCAGUAUCAAGAACCAUUCUGCAUUUUACUGUUGGUUUACUGUCCUCUUGUCCUACUGUGGAGUCAUUCAAAUGAGUUAGAGUUGUUAAUUUUUAUACUUAGGGCAUUUUCAGAAGAUUCUGUCAUAAAUAUGCCCCACAGAAAGGUAACCUAUGUAACAUAAGCUUACUUUAUACCAGGGGUUCUCAACCUGUGAUCUGUCACUGUGCUUUCUGCAGCCUGCAUACAUUUGUUGCAUCACCCUCUAUAGUGAAAGAAACUACCAAAAUUAAAAUAUUUAAUGACAGAUUUUCUGAUUUUGAAAUUAAUUUUCCAUGGAAGUUGAUGCCAGGCUAAGACAAAAUUUCAGACUGAUCCAGUGUAACAGCAAAUUUCCAUGACUCAUCACUGAUUUCUGUUCAGAAUGUGUUUCUUUCAGAAAGUAUCUUGAAAUCAGGAAACACACUGUUAAUGCAGGACUGACUGCUGUGAGCAGCUGUUUAGGUUAUUAAUGAGGUACAUGAAAUUAGGAACCAUGUUGUUCAUGUGCACAACAGGAAUUACAUUUGUCAUUGAAAAAGAUUAAUAAAGUCAAAGCACGAAAGACUGUUUUUGUUAACGUUUUUGCUGCCAGUCCGUCUUCAGUUGCAUUAUGCCCUGCAGUACACUACCAAUGGACACACUCAUACCUCUGAAACAUCGCUGAGUGUGUGUCAUCAUCAGACAGUGGCACGGACUGUUUGUUGUAAAGUCAUUAGAAAAUUACACAUGAGAGGAACCAAAACACUGGAGAUCACAUUGAACAGACAGGACUUUGCCUCUGUAUGACUGCCUAUUCGAGGUAUGAUAUACCCACAAACAUGUUUAGACAUGUUUUGCAUAAAGACAGUGAAUAGCAAAUGGUCUGCAUAUGUUACAUGGUUACAUGCAUCAUCUGGUGACAGAGAAAGUAGUUGCUCAAAGCACUUUCAGAAAAGUAAUUUAUCCACCUUGACAAAACAUAGUUUUAAAUGAGUUUUAAAUGACUGAACCUUUCGGUGGCAGUUUGGAAAUAACACCUGUGAAGUAACCAGGGCACAGUAGUGUAGUUGGUUGAGGCACUAUGCUACAGGCUGGAAGGUUGUGGGUUAAGUUCCUGAUGAGGU